UCAUAAAGACAUACGUUGUUGUUAGCUGGUUAGCAUGCUAGCUAUCGUAGUGACUGGUGUUAGUGACAGAUGAAGAUUGGAGCUGUUUAAUGAUCAGCUGUGUAGAUGAGUAUAAAUGAUCAGAUGGGAUUCCCAACAACCCAAGGAUCCAAGCACACUGGAUCAUGGGUUAAUAAGAAGAGUCUGACUUCCAUGACUGAACCUCAAACGCAGCUGUUGUUUAAUCUUGCCAUGCCAACCACUGUCCUAAACCGAGCGACUCGAGUAGGAUCUCCAGCCCCUAUUGUUAUUGAGAAGCUUGUGUCAUUUAAGGAAAGGCAGGAUGACUGUGAGAGCUGCAGUAGCUCCUUACGCUUCUCAGUUGUUUCUGAGGAACGACUUCAGGACGCAGUGAAACUAGCCAAGCGAGACCUGCGAAGAAGACGACAGGAAUCCGUAAACAGUUCAUCACAUAAGACGAAAGAGAAGUCUCCAAAUCCAGAAAACACAAGAAAUGACCAGGAUGUCCUUUCUUCUAAUGAAAAGCAGAGAACAGGAGGCCCAAAGACCCAAACCAAAUCAUGCUCACAGGUGCUUGUAUAUACUCCUCAGAUGCUCUCUGUUCACUCUAUGGCUGAGCAAUGUCAAUCUCCUCCCACCAAGGAAUCUGGUCUGAAAGCCAGCAGUGAGUCUCAGCUCAGCAGAGAGAUCCGCAAACUACAGAGAGAACUGGCCUCGUAUGUCCAAAGGAUAGAGCAGCUGGUAAAUAAAGAGCGAUUGGUGGAGACUGUGGAGCCAGACGAGCAGCGCAGAAUAGAAAUCCGCAAACAGGAGCAGGCUGCACGCUCUGCACGGAUUAUUUAUGUUUUACAACAGCAGGUGAAAGAAAUUCAGGAGGAUUUGGAUAAGCUGCGUUCUCAAAGUGCAAAGCCUACCAAAAAGUGCAGGGCAGUGGACAGGCUGGCAGCGGCUCAUCGUGGUGCAGUCCGAGCCAUGCAGGCAUUUAUAAACCAGCUGUCAGAUCCUGCCGAGAGCAGAGUGCCCGCUCAGUGUAAGGAGCUGGGCCAGCUCAUACGCCAGCUCUCUCUCUGCUCUGCUAAGGUGGAGGUGGACCAAGGCUCAGCUGUACCAGAGACCACCCUGGACAUCCUGCAGAAGUUAGAAAUGUUGGACUCGGCUCUGAGUAAGCAGGAAAGUCAGAGAGAGAAGGAGCCGCGCAUGCAGAGUGUCUCUCCUGUCAGAUCAAGUUCUCCUAAGGUUAGAGGUAUCAGUAUGUCCCCACCUCGUGCUUCUCGUAACCUCGCUGGCAAACCUGCUCGUGGACCGAAGAAAUCAUCAGCUCCGAAAAAGGUCCAACUUGGUACAGGCAGGUAUAGAAGAGUGGAACGGCUUUCGGAUCAGGAGCGCAGCAAGAUUUUGAAGACUGGGAUCCAAAAACUGGUGCACCGGCGGGAGCUGAGAGAGGGAGAGGUUCAAAGAAGGCCAGAGGUGGACUUUCCUAAACCCCCUACUGGUGCAGCAUAUAAAAGCAAGCUGGGGGUUCAUGUUUGUGAUGCAAAGUUCCAGCAGCCCACUGUAUCGUCCAGACUUCGAGAAAGUCAGUUACCACAAAGAGAAGCUUCUGUACCCUGGAUCCCCACUUCUCCACACUCUCCUGAUAAACAACGCAAAGCUGUGCCAAGCAGGCCAGAGCCAAGAUGUCUCUUUUCUCCAGGGAAGAGCUCCUCACUGCCCACAGGUGUACAAACAACAAAUGUGCAGCCCAAAGAUGGAGGACAGGAAACGUCCAGCACAGACAGCUCUAGAAAGACCAACACAGGGAAGCUCAGGCUAGCCUGGCAGGAUACAAUGAGAGAAAACAGACAGAAAGAGCUAAAUCACAUCACUGAAGAGGAAACAGAGCUUGUUAACAGAACCAGGUUGGAUGUGGAUUUACCUACUCACUUGACUAAGCAAGCAGAGCUGGCAGGUGGAGAAAGAAUCCAACCUCUGUUUGCAUCUGUGCAGACUGCAGUGACUGCAGAUGUCGCGACUGAGGACUUGCUGGUGAAAGAGAACCAGCAGCUGUUUCAGGAGCCCUUGCUGGAGAACAUGCUACUGCGCAUGGAGCAAAUAGAGAAAGACGAGGAGGAUGUGUGCCGCCGCUUUGCCAUGAUCUCUUAUGACGACCCUCUACUCUGGGAGAUUAACACUGGAGCUCUGAGAAAAAAUGACAGUAGCAGACCUGUAACUCCACAGCCUAUCAGGUUAACCAGACCAGUUCAGAGACCUUCCUGUGCUGGAGACAUUAUCCUGCAGAGACCAGUAGAGACUGGUGUGGUGUCAGAAAGCGCCAUGCAGGAUGAGGAUCCACCAGCCCUUGUUCCCAGCAGUGCCUCAGGCCAGGUACAGCAACAUGGAGCGCUUCGGCUGAGCGUACCCUCUAGAAUGCAGGACAACAUCUAUAAGUACAGAGAAGACCAUGAUUCCUACCUGCGCCUGGUUUCCCAUGAGGCAGUGGGCAGUUUUAACCCUUGGGCCAUUGCUGAAGGUCUGGCGGAGGAGCUACUAAAUGAAGCCCUGGCUGACGUGGCGACAGAGUUCCAGGAUGUUUGCGGAGAGUAUGCAGAAGCCAUCUUCACCUCAGAAUUUCUCCAGCCAAUCAAGCCCCGUUCGCCUUCUGUGUCUUAGCAAUACGACCAAUACAGUUGUUUUUUAUGGUGCUAUUGAAAACAUUCUUUAGGCAGUUGCAUUAGGAACUCUUCCAAUUUCGUGUCGCUAAUGGUUUUGCUUCCUGUGUUGCCAGCUCCCCUUGAAAAUAAAUUACCUCUAAAUGCUUUCAUAAUUACAGUUAUUUUACUAUCUCCUUUACUGACUAUUUAAAAUGGCAACAUACUGCUGGUGUGAUAGUCGAUGUGAAUGCAGGGUGAGAAAAUGAUCAUUUUCAGAUGAGUAGUCGCUGUUAGUUGAGCAGCUUAUCACACCUGACUUUAUCCUCUGAGAGAGAAUAAAAACGUCACAGGAG